AUGAGUUGUGUGGAGGGUCUGUGGCGCAGUAAGAAAAAGUUCAUCUGGAGCAGAAGGAGAAGGAGAAACAGCCCUGACAUCACUCGUCCUACCUUCACAGAUGAUGUACCAUCCAGGGAGCGCAGAAGCAGUCUUGGAUAUUUGCCACCUUCAAUGUCUGAGCUGAGGGUUGUUCUGCUGGGGAACAGCUGGUCUGAGAGGAGUUCAGUGGGGAAUUUCAUACUGGGAGAAACUGUGUUCAACAAUGAGGAAGAAUUAGAUCGCUGUCUGAGAGUCAGAGGACUGAUUCAGGAGAAGAAAAUAGCUCUCAUCAACACCCCAGAUCUGCUGCAUCCAAACAUCUCUGAAGACAAACUGAGAGAAAAUGUAGAAACCUGUGUGAGACUCUCUGAUCCUGGACCUCAUGUGUUCCUGCUGGUUCUACAGCCUGAAGACUUCACUGAGCAACACAACAAGAGUCUACAAUCAAUCCUUGAACUCUUUAGUGAUCAAUCAUUUGAUCAUUCAGUGAUUCUGAUAUCAACACAAAGAGAGGAGAGUUCAGGUUUGAUGGAGAAAUAUGAGGAACAUCCACAGUUAGGAGACAUGAUCAGAAAAUGUAGAUCCAAGUUAUUUUGGCAGAAGAACCUUGAACGUCCAGAGGUGUUAGAGAUCAUGGACCAAAUUGUGAAUGAAAACAAUGGAAAUCAUGUGAGCUGUGAAGCAUUUGAGGAAGCAGCAUCUGAUUUGAAACAAGAGGAAACACGCAGGACCAACUUAGAUGCUGUGAAAGCUGCUGGUGAGUUCAGAAACAUUUUUACUUAUUUAAACCUGGUUCUGUCUGGGAGGAGAGGAGCAGAGAAGACUUCAGCAGCCAAGGCCAUUUUAGGUCAGACAGAGCUUCAUUCAGUCUCCAGCUCAUCAGAGUGUGUUAAACAUCAGGGAGAUGUGUGUGGAUGUUGGGUUUCUCUAGUGGAGCUGCCUGCCUUGUAUGGAGAACCUCAGGAGGCAGUGAUGGAAGAAUCACUCAGGUGUAUCUCCCUCUGUGAUCCUGAGGGUGUCCAUGCCUUCAUCCUGGUCCUACCUGUGGGUCCCCUCACUGAUGAAGACAAGGGAGAGUUAAAGACCAUCCAGAACACAUUCAACUCUCGAGUCAAUGACUUCACCAUGAUUCUGUUCACUGUGGAGUCAGAUCCUACAUCUCCAGCUGUUGAUGACUUUGUACGAAAGAACAAAGAGAUCCAGGAGCUCUGUCAGAGCUGUGGAGGAAGAUAUGUUGUUCUCAACAUCAAGAACAAGCAGCAGAUCUCUGAGGUGUUGGAUACUGUGGAGAAGAUGAGACAGUCUGAAAAUAAACCAUGUUGCUAUACAACAGAGACCUUUGCAUGUGCCCAGAAGGAUAAAGUCAUACAACAACAAGCUGAACUUGAGAGGCUGAAAAAGAAGAUCAAAAUCUAUUGUGAUGAUGAGAAACAGAGCUCAGAGUGUCUCAGGAUUGUUCUGAUAGGGAAGUCUGGCAGUGGAAAGAGCUCUACAGGAAACACCAUUCUGGGAAGAGAUGAGUUUAAAGCUGAAUCAAGUCAAACAUCAGUCACCAAACAGUGUCAGAAAGCAGAGAGUGAAGUGGACGGUCGUCAUGUCGUCGUGGUCGACACUCCUGGUCUGUUUGACUCCACUUUGUCCCAUGAAGAGGUUAAUGAGGAGAUGGUGAAAUGCAUCCGUCUUCUGGCUCCAGGACCACAUGUCUUCCUGUUGGUGUUACAGAUUGGUCGACUCACACCAGAAGAGAAAGAGACAUUAAAACUCAUCAAGGAAGGCUUUGGGAAGGAUUCAGAAACGUUCACCAUCAUUCUUUUCACAAGAGGAGAUGACCUUGAGCGAAGCAAGCAGUCCAUUGAAGAUUACAUUAAAGAAGACUGUGAUGAUUCCUUUAAGAAGCUGGUUGCUGACUGUGGACAAAGAUACCAUGUGUUUAAUAACUGUGAUAAACAAAACCGCACACAAGUCAGUGAGCUGAUAAACAAGAUUGACUCCAUGGUGAAGAAAAAUGGCGGCAGCUGCUACACCAAUGAGAUGCUGGAAGAGACCGAGACAGCAAUAAAGAAGGAAAUGGAGAAGAUCCUGAAGGAGAAGGAAGACGAGAUGAAGAGAGAUAGGGAGGAACUUAAAAGAAAACAUGAGGAAGAAAUGGAGACAAUGAAAAGAGGAAUGGAAGAACAGAGAGCAGAGAUUGAACAGGAGAGAGAACUGAGAGAGAAACAACUUCAGGAAAUGAAGGAAAAGAUUCAGAAGGAAAGAGAAGAGAGAAAGAAAGAACAGGAAAAGAGAGAAGAAGAAGACAAGAAGAGGAGAGAACAGGAAGAAAUUCAGCGACAGGAGUGGGAACAGAAACUUGCAGCUUUGGAGGAAAAGAUAAAAACAGAAUCAGAGGAAAAAGAAAUGAUUGAUAAAGAGUUGAUGGAGAACAGAGAAGAGAUGAGAAAAGAACGAGAGAACUGGGAGAAGAAACAAAAAGAAAUGUGGGACAAACGAAAGCAAGAAGAUGAACUGAGACGAGAGGAGGAACAGAGAAGAAUGAAAAAGCUCCAAGAAGAAUUUGAACAGGAAAGAAAAGAAAAUGAAAAGAAAAGGAAAGAAGAAGAUAGAGUCAGAAUGGAAAAAGAGGAAAAGGACAGAAAAGAUUUAGAGGAAAAGUACAAGAAACAACUGGAGGAAAGAAAGAAGACACAUGAAGAAGAAGUGAGAAAACAAACUGAAGAAUUAAAUGAGUUCAGAGAAAAAAUCAACAAAGAAGUUUCAGCUCUGAAAGAAAAACAUGAAGAAGAAGUGGAAGCUUUGAGGAAACAACAUGAGACACAAACGUGUGAAAGAGAAGAAAAACACAAAGACUCAGAAAAUCUCUAUAAUCUUAAAGAACAAGAACUAAAAGAAGAAAUGGAGCAAAAAGAAAAACAACUAAAAGAAGAGCUGGAGGCAAAAGAAAAAGAACUCAAAGAAGAACUGAAACACAAAGAAAAACAACUAAAAGAAGAACUGGAGAUAAAAGAAAAAGAACUCAAAGAAGAACUGAAACGAAAAGAAAAAGAACUCAAAGAAGAACUGGAGAUAAAAGAAAAAGAACUUAAAGAAGAACUGAAACGAAAAGAAAAAGAACUCAAAGAAGAAAUGGAGAUAAAAGAAAAACAACGCAAAGAAGAACUGGAGAUAAAAGAAAAAGAACUUAAAGAAGAACUGAAACGAAAAGAAAAAGAACUGAAAGAAGAAAUGGAGACAAAAGAAAAA